AUGUUUGAGAACUCCGUCGCCCAGCAGCAGAGUCCUCAGACCUCGAGGCCGGGCCUGCCCUCGGCCAGACGCUCCCCAGCAUCUGCUAAUCCCAACCUGGGGUCAGGCUCCGCGGACUCUCCAUCCUCAGGAGGACAACAGAGGCUUAAAAAUGCCAUUAAUCUGGGCAAGGCUGUCGGCGCGAAGGUCAACGACUUGUUAAGAAGAAAGGAGCCCAGUCACCUCGGGGACAUCGGGGUGACUGAGGUUAACAAGAGCGUUGGUGCUGUAUGGAGCCGAAUGGACGAACUCAACCACACCACCGCUAACAGUCACAUCUCCUCCUUCGACUCCUUCCCUCGGCUGGACCCUCCGCCCCCGUCAGGGAAGAAGCGUCUGCCUCGGGCUCUGAAGACCACCCAGGACAUGAUGAUCUCCUCUGAUCCCGUGGUCUCCUCUCCAGACGCCGCUGACACUUCCUCCUUCCUCUCCUCUCCAGAGAAGACGCCGCUCAUCGCCGAAGAGGAGCAGCAGCAGCAGCAGUGGGGCGAGGCGGAAGGAGAGGGGUCAGAGGAGAUCGUGAAAGCGGAGGAGAAAGUCGCCGCUGAAAGUCCAGCUGAUGGAGUGGUAGAUGGAGGAGAGGAGGAUGUGGAAAGCACAAAAGAAGGCGCGGAGGAGCAUCAGACGCAGCUCCAGCUCUCUGUUCCAGACCUCAUCAAUAAAGAUCCACCCCAGCUGGAGACCCGAGCCAAACCCUGCGACGUCUGGCAGAAGGCUCCGGGACCAGACUCCCGCCUGGCCUCCACCCCCCGCUCGGGGAAAACUCCCUGCCGCAUCAGCCUGGGAGAAGAGGUCCUACUGGGGAAUGGCGCCCCCUGCAGUAAAGUAACAGGAGUGAGCGCUGAAGACUCAGAGCAUCACCCUGACCUGCUGUCCUUUGAGUGA